AUGUCGCCGACGAUGAUAGCUCCGGUGAUGGAAGAAGAGAACAAGAAAUACCAAAGAGGUGUGAAACAUCUUUGUGACAAUGGUCUAACAAAAGUGCCAACCAAAUAUAUAUUGCCUGAACCUGACCGACCCAUUUUCACAAAAUCCGACAAGCUCAUCAAAUCAAAACAAAACCUAAAGCUUCCUGUUAUAGAUUUUGCCGAGCUUCUUGGACCUAACCGGCCUCAUGUCCUCCAAACCAUAGCCGAGGCCUGCGAAACCUACGGUUUCUUUCAGGUGGUGAAUCAUGGGAUGGAGGGAGAUGUGAGCAGGAACAUGAUAGAAGUAUGUAAGAGAUUCUUUGAGCUUCCGUACGAGGAGAGAUCAAAGUACAUGUCGACGGACAUGUCGGCUCCAGUACGGUACGGCACGAGUUUCAACCAGAUCAAAGACAACGUCUUUUGUUGGAGAGACUUCUUGAAGCUCUAUGCUCAUCCUCUCCCUGAUUAUCUUCCUCAUUGGCCUUCUUCUCCCUCCGAUUUUAGGAGCUUGGGGGCUAGAUACGCGAAAGAGACGAAAGAGAUGUUUGAGAUGAUGGUAAAAGCUAUCUUAGAGAGCCUUGAAAUCAACGACCGCGACGAGGCGGCAGAGGAGUUGGAAGAGGGAAGUCAGGUGGUGGUUGUGAACUGUUAUCCGCCGUGUCCGGAGCCGGAGCUAACGUUGGGGAUGCCACCGCACUCUGAUUACGGCUUCUUAACGCUUCUCCUUCAAGACGACGUCGAAGGGCUUCAGAUUUUGCACCGUGAAGAAUGGGUCACUGUUGAUCCCAUCCCUGGCUCUUUUGUUGUCAACGUCGGCGAUCAUCUCGAGAUAUUUAGCAAUGGGAGGUACAAAAGCGUGUUGCAUAGGGUAUUGGUGAACCCCACAAAGCCUAGGAUAUCGGUGGCGUCGCUGCAUAGCUUCCCUUUGACGUCCGUCGUGAAGCCAUCUCCAAAACUCAUCGACGAACAGAAUGUACCGAAGUACAUGGAAACCGAUUUCGCCACCUUUCUUCAAUAUGUAUCGUCUCGUGAACCCAAAUGGAAGAAUUUCCUUGAAUCACGCAAGAUACACUAUGUACGAUGA